UGUAUAUUACUAUUUAUCCUUUAUUUUGGUUGUAGGCUUCUGCCAUAAGCAUUCAUCUUCUGAUUCACAACGGAGAUGGAGGCCGCCGCAAGCAUUAUUGCAUUUGUCCAAAUCUCGACAGAAAUUGGAAAAUGUAUCAUCAAGACGAAGAAGUUGUGGGACCAAGCCCAAGAUCUACCUCAGGAAACGCAGCUUCUUUUAACGCGUCUACAAGGCUAUAAAUCUAUAUUUGAAGCCCUAGAUCAGCAAUAUCCGAACCAGCAAUCUUUCAACAUGCUGCCUACAUUUUCGCUGGUGCAAGAUAACUUGCGAGCUUCAAUGGAGGCGUUAGAGUUGCUUAGACAAAACGCAGAUUAUGUAUCCUCGAAACUCGAAGUCAAGACUGGGCUGAAGCGGAAGCUUGCCGCUGUGAAGAUAGCCAUUGGAAAGGAAAGCUCAGAUCGACUCAUCACCAGACUGAACGAGUCAGUAACAUUACUGAGCUUGGCGCUACAGGCUUGGAGUAUGACCAUCACGAUAAUGACGCCCGAUCUAAUUGCGAAUCAACUCACUAAAGCUCUCAAGAACCAUUGUGAGAGUUCUCAAUCUGAAAAGAAACCCCUAAUCGAAGCCCAAACGGAAAGUAAAUCUCUUUACGAUGUCACAGCGAUUGACGAAGGUCAACUACCACGUAAGCCGAAAGACGAUGCAAAGCUCAACAAGAAAUAUACCGCUUCGAGAUUUGGCCGUUUCGUCAUGGCAUAUGCCACGACCACUGGUGCGUGGCAGGCGUACCUUCAACUGCCAAGUUGGCUUUCAUCGUCCGUAUAUGAACUACAAUCGACUCCAACUGGCUACGGCUGGACAUACAACUAUCGGGUGUACAACCUCGUUUCAUCCAAAUCUGAUAUUAUCCAGAAGAUAAAACAAGGAGAUAGGGAUGGCAUUCUUGAAUUAUUCGGAACCCGGAAAGCAUCUCCAUUCGACAAAGAUGAAUAUGGACAAUCUCUUCUCUAUCACGCUGCGAAAAGCAAAAACCUAGACAUUUGUCAGUUGCUGCUUAGCUUGGGACUUCGAGAAGCUUUGGUUGAGAAACCUGGCCCAUAUGGAGAGAGUCCAUUGGCACCGCCAGUGCUCGUUCCCAGUCGAAGCCACCCGGAGAAAACAUGGCUUAAGAUUGCAGGAUUAUUCCAGUCAUACAUGGAUGAGCCAGAGACCAGUAUGGUUCUGCGUAUGUUCGAGUAUCACAAAACUUGCGAUUAUGGUGACGAGUACGUUAGAAUCUUUCGACAAAGAUUCUUGCCUAACUACUACCAUGGCCCACUAAUCCAUCGCUUGGAAGCCUUUCGGCUCGGUUCUUUUCAUUGCCAAGAUUUUACAACACUCAAAGUGCUUCUGGCCGAAGACCGGAAGUUUACCAGCUUCGACGUUAGUGAGUCAAGCCGCACUGGCUUUUCACUCGUGCACUCCAUAGCUGUGGCAUUCGGCAUUCGGUUCGCGGAUGAAGUCCUUCCGUUUAAGAGAGACUGGAUUAUGUGGUAUCUAUCGCCCUUCGGAGAUCAUUGGAGUCACAUGGUACAAGGGGUAGCCUCAGUUGCUACCGCGAAAGAUUUGCACACAGUUGAGAAAAUCCAACCUUGGGACGUAUAUCAAGUUCCAUGUUGGAGAGGUACACCCUUGAUUUCAGUGAUCGGCGGAGCCCUUUGCUAUUUGUCACCGGAUAUCAGUUUCGUUCACUGGGACAAUGUCUUCCAGGAAUGCAUCCAGAAGUGGGCUUCACUCUUACAACUAAGCGGAGUUGACCUGAUGCUCUAUGGAGAACAAGAAGCUGCAAACCUCAACAAAUAUUUCCGCUCAUCUUUCGAUAUGAGUGCAAUAGAGGCGUCGAGAAACGAGAUUCGAAAUGUUAUGCCCCGAGGGAGUGCCAGAAUGACAUUUCGACGAGCAGAGCGUGCUGAUCGAGAGAGGUGGAAUAAAAACCACUGGGUACCUAUUCGACUUUUGAAACUCAAGUUUGGCCAAACGCCUGGGGAAUGGCAAAUAAGUUGGGCGCCGGAAUUUGAAUGCAUGGCAAAUGAGUUUUGGCAGAUGGUAGACAAGGGCGAAACCACAAUGCCUGGGUCAUGGGUUGAUGGAUAACAAAUGCAGUUGGCAGGCCAUGAUUAGCAGCGAAAGCAAACAGCAUCAUUUGUGUGACAUAUCUCUCACCUCCAUCGAGAAUUGCUAUUGCUAUUUGAAUAGUUGUUAUCCAUAGUCUGGUUCAAGGACAAGUAUCUAACGUUAUAUUUGUUAAACAGAUAAUACGGAGUAGAUCCGGUAACGGUAUCUUCAUCGGCAGCAAGCCGUGGCCCGUGCCGCUAAUAAACAGUCCACUGACAAUUCCGCAUCUUGCCAUCCAACCAUUUGUG